CAUUUUGCACUCGGACGGUUUUGCCCAGCAGAUCGUGGCGGCAGCGACUCGGAGUUGGACGCAGAUGACCACGACGCGGCGCUGGCCCCGAGUCCCGCGAGGCGCGCCGCCACCACCACCGGGGAACUACAAAUCCCGGCGCUCGCGGCCCUCUCGGCCAGAGGCCCUAGUCCCCAGCAUCGAGAGUCGUGGGGAUACGCAGCUGGGGGCGCCUGGAAGCCAGCGGCAUGGAGCCCCCGAUCGCUGACGCCUGCUUCCUGGGCGACGUGGGUUUCUGGGUGGAGCGCACCCCCGUGCAUGAGGCCGCCCAUCGAGGUGAGGCCCUGGAACUGCAGCAGCUGAUUGAGAAUGGCGCCUGUGUCAACCAGGUCACGGUGGAUUCCAUCACACCCCUGCAUGCAGCUAGUCUGCAGGGCCAGGCACAGUGUGUGCAGUUGCUUCUGGCUGCCGGGGCCCAGGUGGAUGCCCGGAACAUUGAUGGUAGUACCCCUCUCUGUGAUGCCUGUGCCUCGGGUAGCAUCGAGUGUGUGAAGCUCUUGCUCUCCUAUGGGGCCAAGGUCAACCCACCCCUCUACACAGCCUCCCCACUGCAUGAGGCCUGCAUGAGCGGAAGUUCUGAAUGUGUGAGGCUUCUAAUUGAUGUUGGGGCCAAUUUGGAAGCACACGACUGCCAUUUUGGGACCCCCCUGCAUGUUGCUUGUGCCCGGGAGCAUCUGGACUGUGUCAAAGUGCUACUCAAUGCAGGGGCUAAUGUGAAUGCAGCAAAGCUUCACGAGACAGCCCUUCAUCAUGCAGCCAAGGUGAAGAACGUGGACCUCAUCGAGAUGCUGAUUGAGUUUGGAGGCAACAUCUAUGCGCGGGACAAUCGGGGGAAGAAGCCCUCUGACUACACGUGGAGUAGCAGUGCCCCUGCCAAGUGCUUUGAGCACUACGAAAAGACACCCUUAACCCUGUUACAGCUCUGCAGGGUGAGCUUUAGGAGGGCUACCGGUGUCAGAGGGCUGGAGAAAAUCGCAAAGUUGAACAUCCCUUCCCGGCUCAUCAAUUACCUUUCCUACAACUGAGCUGCACAGGCAUGGGAGGCAGAAGCUGGCCUUACUGAGCCCAGCGCCAUUUGUCUGAAACCCUCAGCUGCUAUAGAUGUCUGUUGGCCAUCCUGUUUUGUCUUCUCUGCAGACUCCUGGAGAAUAUUUCCAAGGCACUGGAAAGGUGCCGCCUCAGCUUCUGCUGGGAACAUGGCCCUGUUCUGGCUCUCCUGGAACUCUAACUCUGGGGUUUCUAGCCGUCUUUGUCCUCUUCUCACUGACAUCCCUCAGAAAAACUCUCAGGAAAGACUCUUCUGGGGGUACAGGGGAAGGCCAGGCAAGGCUGGGGUCCAGGGUACUGCUGUUGAUUUCCACAUGCCUGGAGGUCCGGGAUCAGGGUGCCAUCUGUGAUUCAUUCAGCACUAGGCAGCCCUGUGCCACAGAGGGUGGGCCGUGAGAGGUAAGGUCCUGACUCCGUGGCCUGGGGUGGCUGCAUUGGUGAUGUCCUGCAUUUGGAUGCUUUUUUUCUGGAGCUGAGGGUGGGGAUUUUCCGAGGUCCACCUGUGCCUCAGUGUACCCAUCACUCAGGGGCUUUAUGUGGGUCUCGUGGAGGAAGGCUCGGGGCCUUCAUUCCCCACAAGCAGGACAGUGUUUCACAGGAAGUUUUGCUUCAGUUUUAGGUCUCAACUUGAAAAGUUUAUGUCAGGGAUAAAAAAACAAACCCUUUUAGAUAUAUAGGCUGUAACUUAGGUUUAUUUACUAAAUUAAAGCAAAAGUUAAUGUGAAGGCAUGUCAGCACAUAUUUCCAUGGGCAGUCAUUUCCAGUGUGAAGGAGUGUUAGGAAAUGCUGUGGAGAUUAUUUUUCAUCUUUCUACAGUUGCCAAAUGAAUUCCUUCCUACCCUAAAUUUUGCUAACUCCUUGAAGCUCUGAAAUUGGUAGAAGAUAUUGCCAGCACCCAGUGGGUAUUAUCAACCACUGAUUCAUAUAUUCGGCAGAUACUUGUGGAACAUCUGUUAUGCUUAAGACGUUGUCUCAGUGCUUUGAAGUAGAUAGGAUCAGACUCAUGAUCACGGACAGGGAAAGAAAGAAUUUUGCAAUCUGUUCCUGUAGGAAUAGAAACAAGUAAUUCUACAUUAUAAGUCAUGCAGUGAACUAUAAAGAAAAUUCAGACUGCAUUUGUCUGCCUAAGAGUCUAGCAUAACUAAAAAACAAAAACAAAAACAACAACAACAACCACAAAACAACCCAAAACCAGGGAGUUAAACUAGGAAACUACAUAAUUAGUUCAGGUACAUUUGGUUCCUGGGGAAAGAGAGAAGGCACCCCUUCUGAACACCCCAGAAAUGUGGACAUCGCUACAUUCUUUCAGACAGUACAGAAUAGAAUGAGCCUGGAUUGGCUAAGGCAAUGCCAAGUGCACUGCACGACCAGAGUGUCUGUGUAGUUACUUGGGGCCCCAGAUCUGCUGGAAAGUUUCAUGCUGGUUGGUUGCAGUUUUCUUUCAUCUCACUGUUCCACCCAUGGUUAUGUCAUUCUGUGCUGAGAGUAGGAGCCACUCCUGUUUGGUUACAGUCUUAAAUACAAGUUCUGGGUAAAUCAGUGUUUCUGUAUGUACUAAUAACAAUGAAAAAAAAAGCACUGGCUUCUGCCCUUUCAUGUUUGUAACAGGGACUCGCCUCUAGCAAUGAGCUGGUAGCAUUUCCAUAAGCGGGUGCACAGAGUCCUGGCCCCACACUGGCUGCUCAAUAAAAGGUGUUGAAUAGAGUCCA